AUGCGUCAAAGGUUCCACGUGUCGGAGAUGAGAGUUGCCUUCAAGCAGGCCGGAAAGCUGUGUCAGUGGUGCAAAGUCUACAAGGCAGUUCCAGAAAUCCCGAGAAUGGCUCCAUUGCCACAAGCAAGGACGGUAUCGCACGUUAGGCCAUUCACUUACGUCGGCGUGGACUACUUCGGGCCGAUGUUGGUGAAGCAGGGACGCAGCGAGGUGAAACGUUGGGUCGCGUUAUUUACCUGCUUGACCAUACGCGCAGUGCAUCUUGAAGUGGUGCACAACCUCACAACGGAGUCCUGCAAGAUGGCGGUAAGGCGUUUCGUUGCACGGAGGGGGGCCCCGAGGGAAAUCUUUAGCGAUAGAGGAACGAACUUUGUGGGUGCAAACCGUGACCUGAAGAUGGAACUCCAGCAGAUCAACAGCAACCUCGCUAGUACCUUCACCAAUACGGAUACACAGUGGCGUUUCAAUCCACCUUCCACGCCGCAUAUGGGGGGAUCUUGGGAGCGCAUGGUCCGGUCGGUGAAAGGCGCGCUGGCAUCACUGUCAAUCGGGGGCAAGCCGGAUGAUGAGACCCUCCGUACGCUCCUGGUGGAAGCGGAAUCCAUCGUGAACUCGAGGCCGCUGACAUACCUCCCAAUCGAUUCUGAAGAGCAGGAAGCCCUCACACCGAACUGCUUCCUAAUGCUGAGCACUAGCGGCGUCAAUCAGCCGGCCAGAGAACCGAUCGAGGAGAGGGCGACAGCAAGGUGUAAUUGGGACCUGUGCAAACAACUGUUAGACAGAUUCUGGGCUCGGUGGAUCAAGGAAUAUCUUCCAACGAUCACGAAACGCACCAAGUGGUUCAGAGAAUACAAACCCGUACAAGUUGGCGAUCUAGUGAUUGUUGUGGAGGAUCGAGUACGGAAUGGCUGGGUCAGAGGACGAGUUGUUCGCGUGUUUCCAGGACGGGACGGCCGUAUACGCAAUGCGGAAGUAGCGACAUCCAGUGCAGGAUUGCUGGUGCGGUCGGUAGCGAAACUGGCAGUUUUGGAAGUAGGAGGUACCGCUGAAGUAGACUUCAAGCAAUACGGGUCGGGGGAUGUUCCGAACGAGCAGAAACCUGCACCCCGGUGCGACAGGGUCACUCGAUCCACUCACAGUAGAAGAUCGUAG